AUGGGAACCAAGGGCACUACUAUUAUGAGACCCAAGGCUAGAUGUGUGAAAGUUGUUCACUACUGUGCUGCGGGUUCAAAGCCAUGGAGGUACACUGGCGAAGAAGAGAACAUGGAUAGGGAAGACAUUAAAAUGUUGGUGAAGCAGUGGAGGGAUAUAUACAACGAUGAGUCACUAGACUACAAGAGGACCAAUGCAGCAGCUGAAGAUGUGAACAAAUUUACGGCGGUGCUUUCGGAGGGUGGUGUUGUUUACUAUGUUACUGCCCCCUCUGCUGCUUAGACAUUUAUGGUUUUGUUCUAAGAUUAUAUGGGUUGAUGUACAUAAAUUUAUGAGGGGUGUCAAUACGAAUUGUUGGUCUUUGAGAUUGAAAGUUCUGAUUAAGAGGAAGAGUCUGGUUUUCUCUUUAGCACAAAUUAUUGUUUGGGAUUCUACAUACUUUGAAGUCUAUAUAUAUAAAUGAU